UCCAAGUAAAGAUCUACUUGAAAAUUAAAUUUAAUAAAUUACCCAUAAAAUGAGCACAGCACGGCCGUUUUGUUUCGUUUGUGGCAAGGUGAAGUCCGUUGGCGUCUUUCAGCUAAUUGAAGGCUGCAUCGUCCCGGGCACAUUCAAGCCUAUCAAAGAUAUACUGAAAUAUUUUGAAAAGGUAAUCAACCAACGCUUGGAUCUGACUCCCACGUCGGCUGCUUGCAAUGAUUGCCUCGAAUAUCUCUUCAAUUACGACCGGCUCGUUCGGAACCUGAGCCAAGUGCAGCGACAAAUUGCGAACUCUUUGUUAAGCUGUCGUAAAAAGAAACCGAUAUGUUUACAGCCCAAGAAGGAUGUCGGUAAACCGAAAUUACCGGAAAUACGAUCAAGAAUCGUGGAAAAUGAAUCGCCACAGAAGAACGUCAAGCGGGAGGCAGAUGACGAAUUUCUGGAUAUGGAAGAGUCAAAUCGAGAUUCUCCACUUAGCGAGAGCGAGGAGAGCAUGGACGAUUCAGAUGGGGAUGACAAUCUAGAUAUCCCAUGUCACAUAUGCGGCGAACUUUUCUCGAAUCAGGACUGUCUCGAAAAGCACAUCAAAACGGACAAUUGCCAAAAGAACGAAUUGGCCACCUGCAAUAUAUGUGGCAUUAAAGUGAAAAACGACGAAGUUCUUGAUUUGCACAUGAAUCUCCAUGAGGGCAAAACGGAGCUAGAAUGCCGCUACUGUUCGAAAAAGUUCUCACACAAACGGAACGUUCUGCGUCACAUGGAGGUGCAUUGGGACAAGAAGAAAUAUCAGUGUGAAAAGUGUGGCGAACGUUUCUCACUGUCCUGGCUAAUGUACAAUCAUCUAAUGCGGCACGAUGCCGAGGAACAUGCCCUGAUCUGUGAUGUUUGUCAUCAGCAAUUCAAAACGAAACGCACCUACAAACAUCACCUGCGCACUCAUCAAACCGAUCGUCCCCGCUACCAAUGCACAGACUGCGAAAAGUCCUUCGUCGAUAAAUACACCUUAAAGGUGCACAAACGCGUCCAUAUGCCAGCUGAGUCAACAAUGUCGGCCACAGAAAGUCAGGCAAUCAAUCUUUAAAAUCGCAAAUAUUUUUGAAUUCCAUUACGAUUCAUGAACACAAAGACAAUGCAAAUGUAUUAAUUAAAAUAUUUUGAGUACACUUAGGUUUUAAAGACUGUUUAAGCAACCGAUUUGAGUGGC